AUGAAUAAUCCAAAGCAAGCUGUCCAUCCAUUCUUUCAGCCUCGAAAACCUCAAAAGCCUUCAAAGGUCAGUUCGCCUCUUACCAUACCUACACCUGAAAAACGACAUGCCACAUCCUCGCAAGGUGCCGCGAAUGCGAAUGACUCGGAAAUAACACCAGCGACAAUGUCUGCUCUCCCUUCACCACCAGUAUCAUGCAGAAUGACAAGAUCACAGCUACAAAAGCAGCAACAAACAACAACAGCAUCUUCUUCUUCUUCGCCUGACAAGUAUGUUAAAACCGGAGAGUGCUCUACUCCUUAUUGUGUUCCCAUAACAAAACCAAAGUUUUACUCAGAUACAGUCGAGUAUCAGGAACAAUUGGAUCACGAAGCAUAUUCUGAUUACAAUGGCAAAAGAAGAUCGUACAAAAAAAAGCAAGCAGCCAAUGACCACGAAUUCUCGAGAAUGAAGCGAUGCAUUUUUGGUCAUGGACACAUGACGGAAAAGACAUUUGAGCCAGGUUCCUUUCGGUUCCCAACGACAGUUUUCAAUACAAACAUGCAACAGUACAUUAAGGAUCACCAACAACAGUAUUUUCAGCAGCUCAAACAUCAAAGAGAGUGCCACGGCAAUUUGAAACAAGGCCAUUGCAAUAGGGAUGUCCGCAUGCCUCCAACCGUGUCAGAUCAAGAUCAGGCGGAAUCGUUGCUCAACGCAAGCUUUCCAAACUGGCAUACAUUUUCGUCCUGCGUGCUGUUACUGCAGCUCAUUUUUGACAAGAAUCGACCCGUCGACAAUAGCAACAAGCAAUGGACAGACAAAUACAGGCCACGCCAUCUCAAUGGACUCUUGGGCGAACGACACAAUUACCGAUACCUCCAAGACUGGCUGCAUCAAAUGAAGAUUGAGCCAUUGUCAGCACCCAGUUCUACCACAGACACGGCAAAGAGGCGUCGAAAAAAAAAGCACAAGAAGCUUGUGAUGCAGCGUGAUGUGGAUUUCGAUGACGAGGAAGCGUUUCUAAAGAGCCUAUCGUUGUACGAAGACGAACAAGAUGAGGAUUUCAUGAUGCGACCUGGGAGCAGAAAAGAACUAAAAAAGGAGUCCAUGCGGUCCAAUAUUAUACUGCUGGUGGGAGAUCAUGGCAUUGGCAAAACAGCAUCAGUGUAUACAAUAGCAGAGCAGAUGGACUAUGAGGUAUUUGAAAUCAAUGCUGGAUCAAAGCGAUCGGGCAAGGACAUUAUGUCUGCAGUGGGUGAGAUGACAAAGAGCCAUUUAGUGGCUUUUGGCAUUGCGCCGCCAGCAUCAGCGGGAUCAAUGUUUAUAGAGAAAACAGGUAGCAACAACAACACAAAUACAAAGCCAGGCAAAAAGAAAAAGUUGAACCCUAGCCUUCGGUCAUCAUUCUCAACAACCACUGCCUCAAAGCCAACUUCGCUAAAGGAUUUUCUCGUGAAAAAGAAGCCAGUAGUAGCCGCCAACAAUGCACCAGCCAUCAUACCGCCAACAACAAAGCAAAGUCUGAUUUUACUAGAAGAGGUGGAUAUACUGUUUGAGGAAGACAAAGGCUUCUGGGCAGCUGUAAUAGAGCUCUCGCAAAAGAGCAAACGGCCCAUCAUCAUGACAUGCAACGAUCCAGAGCAAGUGCCUAUUGAAAACAUGUCUCUGCAAGUGAUUAUUGAUAUGAAACCACCCACUGAAAAUGAGCUAUUGGCUUAUUUAUGGCUGAUUUGCCUUGCUGAAGGGUAUACUGUUGAUCCUGCUGAUCUGGUGUGUCUAGUCGCAUUUUUAGGGAGAGACGUUCGACAGUUGAUUCAGACGCUGGAACUGUUUGCUGGGCAAGGGAUAUUUGAACAUUAUCUGGGCAUCAGCAAGCACAUGAGUAUUUUAGAGACCAAAUCCAGAUGUGUGCAAUCACGAGUGGCUAUUGAUACGUUUCGUCUGGCGCGUGCUUAUCAACAAUUGGAUGGCUAUGCCAAACAGGAAAAACCCAAUGAACUGGAUGAUAUUGAGAGAAUAUUGGAAAACAAUGCGUUUAUCGACACAUGGUUGGGAUGGAAGGAAAGUGGAGCCAUGAUCCAGGAAAGCGUGCAAGAUCAACUGAAUGGAUGCACGACACUCUGGAUGGAGGAUGGCGAGGAUUCCACUAGCAAGCAUACCGCCAAGGAAAUUGAGUGUAUCGCAACCGUAUUGAAUAAUGCUGGUGUUGAAUGGAUCAUGGAUGAAGAAAGCCAUUGGGAUGAAUUGUGUGAUGCCAAAUCGCUUCAUUAUGAAGACUAUAGAGAAGCCAUUGAUCUACUGCUGCCUACACGACAACAGCAUCUGCCUCAGGAGAGCGUGGUAAUGAUGGAGUACAUACCUUACAUACAGCAGAUGAUUGUGCCUGUGGAUAAGCCGUCUAAAUCCCGAACCAGAUCCAAGCGCAAGCGACUCCAUUUACCUUUGAGUUCAGAUGCUGUAGCAACCUUGAGCAAUCGUCGAGUACCUAUAGACGAGACCCAACUUCAUAUACAACUUCUUUUCGAUUUGAAUAAGAGCUUAUGA